UUUCGGCCUUAUGGGUUUAUAAAAAGGACAACGAAACUGGAACCUUUUUUUUUUAAUAUCUCAAAGAAGAGAAAUUACGAUUCUGAAAAGUUUUGUCUUAAAAUUUUAAUUUCUUAUUUUUACUCCCCUCUCCCUAAUUACCAUGAAGUACUGCUUAUUAUUUCGAAACACUUCAAUUUUCAAUAUUUCAUUUAAUUUUCUAUAUUUUCCCUCCACCUCUACAUUUCGUGUCCGUUCAUAAAGCUACACUUUGUACACCGAAUACAAUUCCUACCGACUUCUUUUCUCUAUUUCGAGCAUGGCUAUAUCCUUGAUAGGAUCAGGGUCUUGUCUUCUUUCCUACUUGCUAAUAAUGCUUUUAAUCUUUGCUAAAUUCACUUUGUGGUCUCGAUUCUGGGCUUUGUUUCAAUGUCAGGAAUUUCUUUUCUAAGUCUACAGAUUCUAAUUCUAUAGGAACUAAGUGAUGACGAUGCCACUGUCCAUGCCAGUUAUCUAGUAAGAAGCGCUCGUAUAUCGGUGACUAGCUCAAACCUCACUUUCCUAGAUAUCUUAAGCACAUUUUGUAGCGAUUGAAACAUCUAUUAUUUAAAAAAUUUCACUGUGACCUUGCCUUCUUUGUUCCCAUAGAGUUAUCAAAGAUGAAUAUGCUGGUAUGGCCGUUUUCUAUUCUAUAAGCUUUAGUAUACUAAUGUGGUUUCUAUUUCUAUUACGGUGUUCUUCCAGGCUCGCCCUAAUGGCGUAGCGUGAACAUCCCAUCUUUUCUUUUCUCCAUAUUUUAAAAUAUUAUCACAGCCCUUGUUUCCUAUGAAACCUAUGCCCAUAUUGUCUUUUUUUUUUUAUCUUUACAUAUUUAAAAGCAGAGGAAUGUGAUUGCUAAUUCUAGCAUAUCGAACGAUCAUGAUGGGGGUAUAUUUGAGUUUCAAGCAGUUGGUUCUUGAAUUCUUAGCUAGGAAUCGAAACCUUCCCCUAAAUGUUUCUGCUAUCUUUUUGUUUUUUCUUCUGUCAAAAUGCAGUUUCUAUCUGCUUGACUAUAUUGAAGGUCAACAUUAGUUCCAGUUAGAUAACUGACGGAAGAUCUUAUUUCUCUUGGCUUACUUUAGCUAGGAAAUUAUCAUAAAAAGGGAACCAAAACAAUUUUUUUUGUUACCUGGCCACUAUCUUGGCGCUGGUAUUCCCUACUCUUUCUACUACUAGCUGACAUACAGGUAGCAUGUUCCUCUCCCUCUCUACACGACAAUCUAGAUAAAGUGAAUUCUCGAACGCUUCCUCUUUUUCUUCCUUUGGCCACAUAUACAACAAAAUGACUGCUGCAGUCUAUCCGAAUUACAACAAAACUUCUACUAAUCUCUGUUCAACAACUCGAAGCCAGCAGUUUUUUUUUUAAUUUUGUGACGGAUAGAAGCUGAUACUGGCAUAAAAGAAAAAAAAUUGUAUUCAUAUUAGAAGCAUCCUCGAUGUUUACGAGCUUUUGGAAACUGCAGAUGUUAUACAGAACAAAUAUGACCAUGUUUUUAUAAAUGUGGCAAAAAGGUUUCCUCUGGUUGAGAAUAUUGGCAACCUUUGUGUAAGUCACUAUUUAGAAUGUGUUUGAGAUAAUUUUGCAUUCUAAAUAGACUUAGAUAUUUUUUUUAUAAAAGACUUUGCAGCAUAGAUUGCAGUUGAUGGAAACAUAGCAGAAGGAAUGUUUGUUAGAAGUGAAUUAUAGAAAGGAAAACAACAACACUUAUUCACAUAUUGUGGUGAGAGAAGAAACCUUGUUAAAUGAAUUGAAAGAUUGAUUUUUUUUUUGUUUUUUAUUCUUAAGAGAUGGCAAAAAAAUUAGGGAAAUCUUCAUAUGUGUGUUGUAUUUGUGAAAAGUCAUUCUCUUCAAAAGGUCAUCUUACUACACAUAUACGUACUCAUACAGGAGAGAAACCAUAUCACUGUGAUAUCUGUGGUAAAACGUUCUCUCGGAAGGAUGAACUGACUACUCACAUUCGUAUUCAUACAGGAGAGAAGCCAUAUCAUUGUGAUAUCUGUGGUCAUUCAUUCACUCGUAGAGAUAUUUUAACUACACACAUCCGCAUUCACACAGGAGAGAAACCAUAUCAAUGUAAUAUGUGUAGCAAAUCAUUCUCUAAAAGUACUAAUCUAACAGAUCACAAACGCAUCCACACUGGAGAGAAACCAUAUCAAUGUAAUUUUUGUGGAAGAUCAUUUAAUCAAAGUAAUCAGCUAAUUAAACACAAACGUAUCCAUACAGGAGAAAAGCCCUAUCACUGCGAUGUCUGUGGUGAGUCAUAUCCUCGAAAUGAUGAGUUAACUGCUCACAAAUAUAUUCAUACAGGUGAGAAACCGUAUCAGUGUGAUACCUGUGGAAAAUCAUUCCGUCGAAAUGGUGAUUUAACUAUUCACAAACGCUCUCAUACUGGUGAAAAACGAUUUUAUUGCGAUGUUUGUGGUACAGGAUUCAGUCAGAGUAAUGAUUUAAGGGGGCAUAUACGUACGCAUACUGGGGAGAAACCCUAUCGGUGUGAUAUCUGUGACAAAUCAUUCACUCGAGGGGAUGAGUUAACUGUGCACAAAAACCUUCAUGCAGGAGAGAAGCCACAUCAGUGCGAUAUCUGUGGGAAAUCUUUCAGUCGAAAAUAUGAUGUAACGACACACAAAUCCAUUCAUAGUGGAGUGAGACCGCAUCAGUGUGACAUCUGUGGUAAAUCAUUUCUUCGCAAGAAUCAAUUGACGACUCACAAACGUAGUCAUACUGGAGAAAAACCAUAUCAUUGUUAUAACUGUGGUCAGUCAUUCAGUUACAGUUAUCGGUUAACUCAGCACAAAUGUAUUGGUACAGGAGAAAAUGUGUAUCAUGAUAUUUUUGGUAAAUCAUUGUCUUGAUUUAAUUAUUCACAUUUGUAUUCUUACGAGAGAAAAUGCAUCACUUUAUUUGUAGUAUUUCAUUAUACUAUAAUUGGAUCCUUGCAUGUCUUAUACAUAACUGAACUGUAUGUGUAUUUUUCUUGCAUUUUAAUGCACAUCCUUUUAUGUUAUGUAUAUUAUUGUUUUAUUAAUUUUUUGUAUGUGUUCCAUCUAGUGAUUACUUCUAUUGUUAGUAAUAUCUAUAAUUUUAUCUGUGGCAUGGUUCCUUCAUGGUGAAACUUAAUAUUAAUUUGUUGUUGCAUUAUUAAGCUUUACCUAAAUACAAAAUGUGUGGAGCAAUCUUUGAAUUAUCAAUGUUUUUAUGUCCAUUUUAAGGAAUGUGUUGGUCCACAUUUUGUCAUUUCAAGUGUAAAUCUCAAAUUUCAGAGUUCUGACUGCACCAAUCUUUGUGAAUAUUUAUAAUAAUUUGAAAUGUAAAUAAAACUGGUUUACUCUUAAA